AUGAAAUUUAUUUAUGUGAUUAUUUUAAAAUUUAUUUUAUUAUUUUCCGUCAAAGGAAAAUUAGAUUUACAUUUGUUUCAAAAUUUAGUUGACAUUGAUAUACAGUUUAUUAAUAUUUAUAAGGAGAAAAUAAAAGAGAAAUAUGUAAAGAAUUAUGAUACUUUAGUAUAUGAAAAUAUAAGUAAAAAUAUAAAUUUAAAAAAGAAUUAUGUUGAAACAACAAUAAAAGGAAAUUUAAAAAAUUUAAAUGAAGAUUCUGUUGAAAAAUUUAUCUUUUUAUUACCUUACCAUGAAGCUUUUCAGGCAACAAGUCUUCAUGUAAAAGAUGAAAACAAAAAUAAUUUAAAUUAUGAGAUAUUAAAUGAUAUAGAAGAUAUUGAACUGAUAGAUAUAGAUCAAUUUAAUUAUGAUUUCAAUAUAGAAUUAUUUAAAGUUAAAAUAUAUGAAAUCAUAUUAUAUAAAAAGUUAAAAAAGGAUGAAAAAGUCCAAGUAGAAUUCUUUUAUAUCCUAGGUCAACCCUAUUAUCCAUUUCCCAUUGAUAUAAAUCUUCUAGAAAAACAAAAUGUUUUAUUUUACUUGUCAUCAAAAAUUUUAUUGCCAUAUGAGGUAGAAGAAUCAGAAGAAACGAAAAUAAAUAUGUGUAAAAAAUGUACAAUUGUAAAAAUAGACGAUGAACAUUUUAUGAGAGGAUUUCAAAAAUUAAGUGAUGGUACCUAUGUUAAUGAAAAAAAAAAUAAUUUGAGAAGUUUCUCAUUAGGAAAUAAAGUUUUAUUUUAUUUUAUUUUAGAUCAUAAUUUAGGAUAUUUCGAAAAAGUUAUAAAAAAUAUAAAAAUAUCUCAUUUAGGUUUUGUAUAUGAAAAAGAAGAAUAUUUUUUAAAAAACAAUUCUGCAAGGAUAAAUAAAUUUGAUAGAUACCUACUAAGUGAUAUAGAAAAUAAAUAUACAUUAGAAGAAUCAAAAGAAAAAGAAUCUAGUAUUAUUUAUUCUUUCGAAUCAUUAAUAAAUUAUAAUAUUUAUGAAUAUAAUUACUAUGAUGAUUUAGGAAAUAUUUAUUUAAUCAAAGGAGAAGAAAUUUAUGAUAAAAAAAAAAAAAAAAACAAUAUAAAAUUUGAUCUUAAACCUAGAUAUCCACUUUUAGGAAAUUGGAAAGCUCACUUUUAUAAUUCCUUUUCACAUCAUUCUAAUAUAUUUAAAAUUAAAAACAAAAAAAAUUAUUAUGCUUAUAAAAUUGAUAUAUCACCAUCUAUUAAAUCUUUUUAUAUAAAAGAAUUAAACAUUAAAAUUGCAUUGCCUCUUUAUUCGAAAGAUAUUGCUAUAAAUAAAAAUUAUAAUUUAAAUAUUCAUACUACCAAAACAAAAGAUUGGCUUGACUUUUUUUCUUUUCGAAAUGUAAUUGAAAUUCAUGUUGAAAAAUUCUUUCCUAAAAUUGAUGAAAAUUAUUACCAAAAUUUCCUUGUAACCUAUAAGUUCAAAUUAUUUAAUAUUUUUAUGAAACCUCUUAUUAUUAUAUUAAUAUUUUUUUUUAUCAUCCUUUUCUUAUUUUUUAUAAAAAAAUUAUCAUUCAACUUUAAUACCACAAAAGAACAUUUAAUGAAAAUAGAAGAAGAUGAAAAUAGAAUUUUCAAAAAAAAAUGCAAAGAAUUAUAUGAAAAUCUGUCUUUUAUAUCUGAUAAAUUAAUUCAAUCAAUAGAUAAAUUAAAUUCAAAAGAUAAAAUAAAGUUGAAGGAAAGAUUAUUGAAAAUGGAAGAAAAAUGGACAUAUAACUUUAUAUAUUACACUAAAGAAUUUCAGGGAAAUUUUGAAAAUGCUACAAGAAACAAAAUGUUGCAAAAUUAUAUUGAUAAAUGUUUUAAUUAUUAUUCAGUUGUUAAAAAUUAUUUUGAUAUACAGUUAUCAGGAGAUACGAAUGCAGAUUUAAGUGAUAUAGAAUAUGCUGAAAAAGAAUUAAUGCUUUUAUUAAAAUAUAAUUAG